AUGUCUAACCAACAUUACAGAUCACGUACCGUUUUUACAGUUAAAAAAUCUCGGUAUAUCCUCCCAGCAUCUCGUUUGUCUUUCUCCUUCUAUGCUCGUGUUAAUGCGGCGGGGCAAGAGCACGUGCUUAAUUUGGGAGGUGAAUUUGUGGAGAGUGAAGUAAAGUCGGGGAGGAACGAUAUGAAGAGCGCGCUUUAUGCGUUGGUGGAGAUGAUUGAGAGAUGGGACGUUAAUACAUCAUCAAAAUGUGGGUUUUGUGGUGAGAAACGGCUUCGUUUGGAGAAUGAGAAAGUUAAAGAUUUGAAUAAGUUGUUGAAAGCUUGGCGGAGAUUGAACAGUUUUGAUUGUAUUGGAGGAAUUAUUGGAUAUCAGGUAAAGGUGCUGGAGCUUCUUGCCCAAUCAAAAUUUGAGGAACAGACAAUGGGUCGCAUCCAGCACAUAAAUGAAUCCAUGGAAUGCCAGUUUUUAGAAGUUCAUGUUCCUAGUGGACUUGAUCUAUCACAAAAUACUGAGUAUGCUUCUCAAGCAGCACUAUGGGGAAUUAAGGGUCUGCCAGAGCUAGGCGAAAUUUAUCCUCUGGGAGGCUCUGCAGAUAGACUUGGUUUGGUCGAUCCUCAUACAGGUGAAUGUCUUCCUGCUGCAAUGCUUCCUUAUUGUGGAAGGACUUUAUUGGAAGGUCUUAUAAGAGAUCUUCAGGCCAGAGAGUACUUGUACUUCAAGGUGUAUGGCAAACAAUGUAUAACCCCUGUUGCAAUCAUGACAAGUGCGGCAAAGAACAAUCAUGAGCGUAUCAGUUCUCUUUGUGAAAGACUUGGAUGGUUUGGGAGAGGUCAAUCAAGUUUCCGACUUUUUGAACAGCCUCUCGUCCCUGCUGUUAGUGCAGAAGAUGGUCAAUGGCUGGUCAUGAGACCAUUUGCGCCUGUGUGCAAGCCUGGUGGUCAUGGUGCCAUAUGGAAACUUGCUUCCGACAAAGGCGUAUUCAAGUGGUUCAGUGAUCAUGGAAGAAAAGGCGCAACUGUCCGACAAGUCAGUAAUGUUGUGGCUGCUACAGACUUGACGUUAUUGGCGUUGGCAGGAAUUGGUAUACACCACGGAAAGAAACUAGGGUUUGCAUCUUGCAAGAGAAGCUUAGGGGCUACAGAAGGAAUAAAUGUUCUACUUGAGAAGAAGAACCUUGAUGGGAAGUGGGCAUAUGGUUUAUCAUGCAUUGAAUACACCGAGUUUGAUAAGUUUGGAAUCACAGGUGGACCUUUGUCAUCAAACAGUUUGCAGGCAUUCCCUGCCAAUACAAAUAUUCUAUACGUGGAUUUGGCUUCUGCGGAGUUAGUUGGUUCAAGUAAUAGCGAAAAAAGUUUACCAGGCAUGGUGCUAAAUAUAAAGAAGCCAAUUGUGUAUGUGGAUCAAUUUGGUGACUGCCACAGUGUCUCUGGUGGAAGGCUGGAAUGCACAAUGCAAAAUAUUGCGGACAAUUUUUCUAAUGCAUAUCCAUCUAGAUGUUACAAGGAUAUAGAAGAUCAAUUGGAUACAUUUAUGGUUUACAAUGAGCGAAGAAGGGUAACGUCAUCAGCUAAGAAGAAAAGAAAACAUGCAGACAUGUCUCUGCACCAGACUCCUGAAGGCUCACUGUUAGACAUCUUGCGGAAUGCAUAUGAUAUUCUUUCCCAAUGCAAUAUUAAACUACCUGAGAUUGAAAGUAAUGACAAAUACAUUGAUUCUGGACCUCCCUAUCUUAUCCUUCUGCACCCCGCCCUUGGCGUACUUUGGGAGGUAACAAGACAGAAGUUUAAUGGGGGUUCCAUUUCCAUGGGCUCAGAGUUGCAAAUAGAGGUCGCAGAGUUUUUGUGGAAGAAUGUUCAGCUUGAUGGAAGCCUAAUCAUUUUGGCUGAAAAUGUUAUGGGCUCAACUCAGAUCAAUAAAAAUGGUGAAUCGAUAUUACAGUAUGGACAUAGGUGUGGAAGAUGUAAACUGCAUAAUGUAAAAGUACUGAAUAAAGGAAUUGACUGGGGCUGUGGAGACAAUACAUACUGGAAGCAUGAUGUGCAACGGUUUGAGGCACUUAAGAUCAUACUGCAUGGAAAUGCUGAAUUUGAGGCUACUGAUGUCACUCUACAGGGAAAUCAUGUAUUUGAAGUCCCUGAUGGCCACAAAUUGAAGAUCACUUCUGGAAAUUCAGGUUUAGCUAUUCAGUUGGACCCUAUUAAACAGGAUAUGAUGGAUAGUGGAAGCUGGUAUUGGAACUACAAGAUAAGUGGCACCGAUAUUUUGCUGGAAAUGAUAGAGUCGUAAAACACUAACUGAUCCUAGUUCUGCUUUAUGUGAACUGUGGUUCACAAAAGUAUAGUUGUUUAGCUCCUAUUGGUUGAAACAUAAGUUUAACCUUAUUUAAACAGGAUGCUAUCCAAUAGUAUACGAAUAGAGUCGUGAAAAUUUAUAAGGUCAUGUCUACCUCUGAUGUAAUAGUAUUUUUUAUAAUUUAAUUGUAAAAACAGUGUAAAAGUUCUAGAAAUGAAGAUUAAAUGUCUCAUCCCUCUCUUUCUCUCUUUCCUUUUCAUUAAUAUUUAUUUGCUUGCAUGUAUCUAUCAAGAUAGUCUGGAAAAAGGUAAAUCUUGUCUAACAACUCUUCUGGGGAAGUCAACUGGUAAGAGAAAUAUGGAUUUGGUUUAUUUUAUUUAUGGUUGUGUUUCUGUGACCCUUUUUUUCCUCCCUCCUUCUCAGGGUGAAGUAUCUCUAACUACAGAUUAGUGAAGAUCCUGUGACAAAAUAAAGGCUUAUUUGCUGGGAACUGAAUUGGGCAACCUGCAUGACUUCGUAUGGCUUUUUUGAUUAUCUUCUUAUUAGAUUGUUUUGGUAAUCAUAAGCUACUCUACUGUACUGUAUUGUGAACCAUAAGCCAGUGGACUUGUUAUCUGGAAUGACGUUUUACCAAUUGAUCUGAGUUGUUUGAUUCACAUUUUGAAUACAAUUUUAUAUGGAUGAAGCAGUCUGAACACAAAAUUUGCUUCAGUUAACUGCUUUGUAAUGAUGCUUUUGGGCAGAGGUGGAGAUCCAGAGAUUUUUUCCUUAGUUGGGCAUGUUUUUAUUUUUAG